AUGUCGCUGGCUUUAAUCACGUUUUUGGUCGGUCUUGUCCUGGCGCAAGCAGUCGGCCGAAUUUUGGGCUUGCGUCGCAGCAACGUCCAGCGACGAGCGAAGCUACUUUCCUCCUUGGGGGCUGGAGACGCCAAGAAGAUUGUUGGGUUUUUCCAUCCGUAUUGUAAUGCUGGCGGAGGCGGCGAGCGCGUGCUUUGGGCCGCUAUACAUGCUCUACAGAGGAAGGAGCCCGACGUGAUUUCCGUCGUAUACAGCGGCGACACCGACGCGACGAAAGAGAAGAUCAUUGACAAAGUUAGGGCUCGGUUUGAUAUCGAGUUGUCUCCGCAAACACUGCAUUUCGUCUUCCUGCAGUCUCGUCACCUUGUCGAAGACUCGGCAUGGCCGCGGUUCACUCUGCUAGGACAGAGCCUUGGAUCCAUGUAUCUUGCAUGGGAAGCCAUGACCGAACUCAUUCCGGACCUCUUCAUCGACACCAUGGGUUACGCUUUCACGUUCCCCAUUGUCUCUCUACUCGGGAACAUUCCCAUCGGGGCCUACGUGCACUACCCAACUAUCAGCACGACCAUGCUCUCUCGUGUAAGGUCGCGAGCCCAAGGAGUGACAAAUUCGGAGGCCAUCUCUUCAUCCGCCUUCCUAAGCCAAGGCAAACUGCUAUACUAUCGUGUGUUUAUGUAUUACUACGCCUACUCUCUCCGCCAAGCUCGCUUCUUGAUGGUGAACUCUUCGUGGACGAAGGGCCACGUCGACUCCAUCCUACAACACCAAGAUAUCCUUCUCGACACCAUCCACUUCCUACCUCCACUCCUGCUCUUGAAGCUCUUCUCACUGAAGAAGUCACAGCGUCCCAAAGCUGCGCAGAUAGUCUACCCCUCUUGUGAUACCCGGCAAAUGUCGGUGUUCUCGUUGGAGGGACGCGAACGCGUGAUUCUGAGCAUCGCGCAGUUCAGAAGACCGGAAAAGGACCACGCCGGCCAACUCCAUGCGUUCCACAGGUUCCUUGAGCUGUACCCCGAAUAUCGAGGUUCCGGAGCGUCUGCAGUCAAGCUAGUGUUGAUGGGAGGCAGCCGCAACGUCGGGGAUGCGACGCGCGUGGAAAGCUUGCAUGCGCUCGCGCAGGAGCUCGGCAUCGAGUCUCAAGUGCAAUUCGUAGUCAACGCCAAGUACUCGGAGAUCCUGAACUGGCUCUCGCGCGCAAGCAUCGGCCUCAGUACGAUGGUGGAUGAACACUUUGGCAUCAACGUGGUGGAAUUCAUGGCUGCGGGUGUGAUUCCUAUUGCACAUGCCUCCGGAGGGCCGCUCCUCGAUAUCAUCGUCCCGCUCGACGGUGAACCGACCGGAUAUCACGCGACGUCGCCAGAGACGUUCGCAGAGGCCUUCCGCACGGUGUUCACGCUCCCGAAGGCGGCGGAGCUCGCUGUGCGGCAGCGUGCACGCACAAUCGCGGUGCAGAAGUUCUCGGCGGAGGAGUUCGAGAAGGGGUGGGAUGCGAGCGGGUGGAAGUCGUGGUUGGCGCGGUAG